ACAAACGUGAUGGCCGUGAUGGCCGUGAGUCGUGCGGCGGCUGCGCGAUGUUGCGCGCUCGGCUAUUCAAGUUCGUGGCGGCGCGUCAGCGCGGGUACAGCGUGUGGCGCUGUGCUGCUCUAGAGUCGGGCUGUAGGACGCUUGUGUAGAGAGAGAGAGAGACGUACCGAUACGCGCGCGUGCAUACCUGAUCGACUCAUUCCGUGAGGUUUUUUUUAAGGACUUGGGAAUUGCUCCGAUUCCAGCGCACACUCUCUCUCUCUCUGUCGCUCGCUCGCUCUCUCUCUCUGCGUAUGGCGUAAUAGUUUAAGCGAGCGGCAAAGCGACGCCAGGGUGGCUGCGUGACCGCCGCGGUGUUCUGCGGGCGGAAUGGUGCGCUCAGUAGCGCCGCGUCGCCGCUCCUGCAGGCAAGCAUAGGGCGCAGAUCGUGUGCGGGGCAGCUCCUCGGCUCGCUGCGUGGCGAUCAAGGCGAGACACCGCCCGCCGGACCGCGCCUUGGGGGCGGCGCUUUAUCUUGUUCACCUCCCCCCCUUCCUCUUGUGACAAGUCAGCUGCUCAAUAUUUGUUCAUUUUCUCGUCGUUUCAAUAUUUUGCGAAUUGAGCGCAGCUUGGAUGAGUGUGCGCCGUCGCCCACGCUCCGGGAGGGACCCUCUCUUGCAGUCGCCUCCUGCGCACGGACGAAGAGGCGCAAAAGACCUGGACCUUUAAACCAUCAUCAACAUUCACACACACGCGCGGACACGGAGAGGCAGGCACACGUGCGCACGUACACUAGCACGCGCCUGUGCACUUGAGCAUGCUGCUCGCUGCGCGGUGACUCGAAGGCGGUGCUGCUGAUCCACGUGCACUUCUCGUCCGUGAAACGGAGCGAGGAGGUCUGUUAUUGUCGUCAUCUACACCGUGGCGAUAGAACACACGUAGAGAACACGCGCGCUACACGCGCUGCUGGCAGGGGCGAUGCUGCGUCUGUAGCCUGCACACACGAGGCGCGUGGCGGCUUCUGGAGGGGUUUAUAAUCGCAUCGAGAAGGCAACCGAGACAAUUUUCUUUUUUUUUAACCGUAACCCCAAGACAAGACGAUGAAAUCCGUGUCGGUGAACAGAGACGGGACGCAGUACGCAUCGGAGACGAGGAAACCGGCGGCGUCGUCGGAUGGCAGCCAGCCCCACGCGAAGGCCGCCGCCGCCGCCGCCGCCGCCUCCCCGGACGAUCGCAGCGGCCUCCGGAGGCCCACGCCGGAGGGGGCCGGUGCCGUGCCGGGGGCCGGAGCGUGGGCCGGCGAGGAGGCCAGGGUGGGGGGGCCCCCCCCCGCCUGGUGCGCCGCGUGCGGCUCGCGCCAGGGGGAGCCGCGGAGGAAGCUCGCCUCGCCCGCCAAGGAGCCAGCGUCCGGCUGGGCUGAUGGCCGCUGUGAGGCCUGUUCGUCGUGUCCUGGGCCUCCUCUUGAUGCCGGAACGGCGGCAGCGGCGUGUCUGGAGCAUCUUCCUAUCGGCACGCCCACGCACCGGCCUGGCCCUGGCACACCGCCUCAACCAUCACUGCCACCGCAUUCGCAGUCCCAGUCUCCAUCCUCGCGAGGAGCCAAGGCUCAACCACCACCACCAUCGUCAUCAUCGUCAGCAGCCAGGGCCACGCAGAGUCCUAUAGCUGCCGAACGCAAGAAGGGAGGUUCCUCGAGUGCGAGCGUGGCAGGGGAUGGAGCAUGGACUUCGCCAAAGAUGAAUGGCUACGCGGCACAUGCUUACCUGCAGGGUGCGUCUCCAACCCUAGAGGGCUCCAGCUGGGAACAGCAGAGCCUGGGCCACCCUCCGCUGGAGAGGCUGGCGUCGCCCACCCGCUCGCCGCAGGCUCUGCCGUGGCCGCUCUCGACACCGGGAGGCUCCCCGGCGCACGGGAGCCCGCAGAAGACUGCGCACGCCGCCCCGGGGUCAUACGCAGCGAACAGCAACUGCAACGGCAACGGCAAUCCGAACGCGUCCUUCUUCACGAGGGCGGCACAGAAGCUGAGCUUGACGGGCCGCAUGAUGAAACGGAAGCAGCGCGCGGCCCCCUCUCACGCCCCGGCGGAGCCUCCCCCGAGCCCGGGCAGCUUCGCGUGGGCCCUGCGGUCCGCGGCGCCCCCCGUGCCGCCCUGCCUCCUGCGCGCCGCGGGGAAGGCCCGCGACAACCCGGGCGCUGGCAAGGUGAAGGUGAUGCUGCGCGUGUGUCCGGCUCGCCGCGACGCCUCCGGCUCGGCGGCGCUCAAGGUGGAUCCGCGGAGGAAGCAGGUCACGCUCUACGACCCCGCCGCCGCGGCAGGGGCCAGCUCCCAGAAUGCCGCGCUCCGCCGUGCCGGGGUGGCGGUGCCAAAAAUCUUCCCCUUCGACGCCGUCUUCUCCCAGGAUGCAUCGCAGGCGGAGGUGUGCGCUGGCGCGGUGCCGGAGAUCAUCCAGUCGGUGGUGAAUGGAGCCGAUGGAUGCAUCUUCUGCUUUGGAAACGCCAAACUCGGUAAGACGUACACGAUGCUGGGCAGCGGAGACUCGAGCCAGGCGCUCGGCGUGGCUCCGUGUGCCAUCUCGUGGCUCUUCCGUCUCAUCGAGGAGCGCAAGGAGCGCACGGGGGCACGCUUCUCGGUCCGCGUCUCCGCCGUGGAGGUGUCGGGGCGCGGCGAGGCCCUGGACGACCUCCUGAGUGACGUCGCGUCGGGCACUACGCAGGACGACAAUCAGUCCCCCGGGGUCUUCCUCCGCGAGGACCCUGUGUGCGGCACGCAGCUGGAGAACCAGAACGAGCUGCGCGCCUCCACGGCGGAGCGUGCCGCGGGCUUCUUGGACGCGGCGGUGGCGGCUCGCCGGGGCGGGGCGGCGGACGCCAGCGAGGAGGACCGUCGCAACUCCCACAUGCUCUUCACGCUGCACGUCUACCAGUACCGCAUGGAGCGCGGCGGGCGCGGCGGCAUGACGGGCGGACGCAGCCGUCUCCACCUCAUGGACCUGGGCAGCUGCGAGAAGGUCCUGUGCAAGAGCCGCGAGCCGGGCUCGGGGAUGUGCCUCUCGCUCAGCGCCCUCGGCAGCGUCCUCCUCGCGCUCGCCAACGGAGCCAAGCACAUCCCCUACAGGGAGAGCCGGCUCACGAUGCUGCUGCAGGAGUCGCUGGGCAACAUCAACUGCCGCACGACGAUGAUCGCCCACGUGUCGGCCGCGGCGGCCCGCCACGCCGAGACGCUCGCCACCGUGCAACUGGCGGCGCGCGUUCACCGCCUGCGCAAGAAGAAGUCUCGGUCUGCGUCCAGUUCGUCGGGCGGGGACAGCUCAUGUGAGGAAGGGCGCGGCCACCGUGGCCCGGCGCCCAUCCGCCCGUUCCACCCCCGCCUCAUGGCCCUGGAUCCUGAGCCUCCUCCGCCGGCGGGCAGCCCCGGCAUUCGGCCUCCACACCGGCUGGGCCUGGCGAGCGAGGCGGAGUACUCGUCGAGCAGCGAGCAGUCAUGCGACACGGUCAUCUACGCCGGCGAGGGUGGAGACCUCACCGACAACGAGGGCCCCCCCGAGUCCGUGCCGGUGUCCCCCGCAUCGUCGUCCAACUCGGCAAACUCAGCCAACUCCUCUGCCAACUCGGCCGCCUCCUCGGCAAACUCGGCAAACUCGGCCAACUCGGCCGCCUCGGCCGCCUCCUGGACGGCCGAGGGUGACCGGGCACCGCUGCUCAGCCGGGAGAGCGAGGAUGCAUCGCCGGUCACGCCCACCGUGGCGAUGGGCGACACAUGGGCGGCGGUGGUGGCGGCAGUGGCGGCAAUGGAAGGCCAAACGGGAACUUCUCCCGUAGAACGAUCGGACGCCGCGGACGCCGCUGGCGAUGCCACUUCUACGCCGGCAGGCGAACAACCACCCGCGGAGCCGGCCAAUCCCUUGGAUCGCGACCACUUCAAGUGCAAGACCUUCGCCGAGCUGCAGGAGAGACUGGACUGCAUAGAUGGGAGCGAGGAGCCCGGGUUUUUCGCGUUCGUCGAGGCCUCCGCGGCCACCGUGGCCGAAGAGGAGCGAACGGCGGACGGCCGUGGCGUCUCUGCCGGGUCGCCGUGGCAUGCCGAGGACGAACCCGCAAAGGACAACAACAAUGAAGUGCCCGCAUCUCCGUGCUCGCUCGGAAACGGCUGCAAAGCACGCGGCAAGGGGGAGUGCGUGUCUUCCGAAGUGUCGGCGGAUAAAAUCAACAGGAACGAAAUACCGAGCUGUGGUAGCGGGGCGGGAAAGGCGCCGGGCGGCGGCCUCGCGUGCGUGCCGAUAGCUCUGCCGCUCGCACCGGGCGGCGAACGGGGAGGGAAGCUCGCCUCCCCGGAGAAGAGGGCGACGGGGAAGCGGUCGCUGCCCAGCCCGGCCCCUCCUCCGCCGGGGACAACGCCGCAGUGCAGAGGCACGGAGUCGACGGCGUGCAGGGCCCACCCGGCAGGCGGCCUCCAGACGAGGACGCCGCCCGUGGGAAUGAGCCCCCAGGUGGCCAAGCGGGUCCUCGCGCCGCAGCGGCCGUCGCCGGCGGCGGACGCGGAGGGCGGCGUGGAGGCGGACGCGGCUCCCGCGUGCGGCGACGGCCCCUUUGCCGCCGAAAAGACGGCGCGCCGACUCGACGAGGAGAGCGGCGCGGACGACGAGCUCGUCUUCACGCUCGACCUCCUGCACGCGCUCCUGGGCGGCGGCGACGGCAGCGGCAACAACAACAACACCGGCGGCAACGGCGGCAACGGGCGACGGCCGAUCAGCAUCAUCAGCUUCACCAGCAACUGCUCGACGAGAGCGUUGGCACCCGGCUCGCGUCCCGUCAGCUUCGUCAGUGUGGAUUUUGAGCCGUACUCUCCUCCUCCGCCGCUGGCCGACACCGGGGCAGCGGCCCCGGCAGUGAGUCCUCUGCAUUCGUCCUCGGCCACGGGAGCGGGCGCCUGCGUGACCAGGCUGGUGGCGGGCAUUCCCGUCGCCUUCUCGAGCCCGGCGCUCGACGGCGAGCCGUUCUCGGGGCGCGUCGCCGGCGAGGACAACUGCAGCAGCAGCAACGGCAGCAACAGCAGUUGCCGCUCGUCCAUCGGCUCGUGGCUGAGCGAGCUGAGCAACGCCGGCAGCCUCGGGAGCGAGGGGGAGCAGUCUUGCGACAGCUUCGUUGUGCAGGCCAUGUGCGCGGGAAGCGGGGAGCAAGGGGAGGCGGAGCGAAUUCUCCCGGCGAUGCGGUCGUCGUUGGAGUACGGCAAACAGGAAGGCGUUGUCGGACUCUCACAGGAUGGGCACUCGCCUGUGAAUGGGUGCUACCAGCAGGUUAGGGCACGGACUAAAACGAUGGACAAUAUCGAGCUCAAUGGAGUCAUCUUUGCUGGGGAUUUUAAGAAAUUACCUUUCGGGGAUUUAAUGGGGACCGUUCUUGAAAGGUCACCAAACCUGCAGUCUGGGCAAAGCAAGGAAGGUGGCCGACGCACAAGUCUGAUCAUUUGCGGGGACUUCAAGGACAUAUCCAACCUUGAGAAGAGAUUGUCUGCGAAACACGGCGAGGACGAUUUGGAAAACCACAAGAAGCAAAGCGUCUUCCCGUGUCCUGCGAGCGGGGCGCAGGUGGCAGCUGGUGGCGGUGCAAAGAUUCAGCCGGCGGUCAUUAGGAGCGGCAUCUCUGUGCAUCCCAGGAUAACCCCCAAGCCAGCCGUGGCUCUCUUGGAAAAGGUCCCAUCUAGGGGCAAUCCCGGAUCUCCUGCCAGGCAGAGCCCCAAGGCCAAAAACUGCGAUGGUUGCGUCAAACCGCCGGAGCCGAGGUCGACAUUCGAAAAUCCCUGGGUGAUGCGGGAGCAUGGCGAGAUGGACGGCCUGGAGGAGAGCACGAACGUGAGCCAUGGGAAGCCUGCCGACGUCUGCACGAGCGCUGGCACAGCUGCCGAGAGUCCCGCUCAAAGCAACGGUGGCUCCCAGGCACCCGGCGGGCAGGGGAUCAGCAGCGACGCUCUGAGAGCUGGCGGAGAGAUGCAGGGCGUGGACCGAGUGAGCGGCAGCGGCGUCGGCGGCGGUGGCUAUGGGGGCUACUCGCACACGCUGCCGACGAAAGCGAGCGCUCACGGGAAGUCUUCGGCGAUGCACGGCAUUGUGAGACUCGGCAACGGUGAAGCGACGUCUCUAGACCGGGAGCAAGUGGCGACGGUGCACAGCGCUACGAUGGAUCGCAAAAAGGGAGCCGCAAAGUCGAGCGGUGGCAGCGCCGGCGGUGGCACUGCCAACGUGUUCCUCUUUUCCAAACUGAGGAGCAGCACUCCUCCAGCACCGCCGGUCCGCAAGUCCAGCCUUGACCAGCGCAACAGAGCGGGGUGCAAGGAUUCACCUGGCGCGAACCACGCGUUCUCCUACGCCGACACGGAGGAGGCUUUCAGCAGAUUGCUGUCACCCAGCCGGGGUGGAAGCAGCGGUGGCUCCAACUGCUCGACACCGGCGAGGGGGAAAUUGGAAUUGUCGGCCGAGCAAGGAUUCAAGCGAAGCUUCACGGGCAGGAGCGACAGCAUGGAGAGAACUGGAAGCAGGAAGCAUGUGGCGGACGCGAAGAUGUUGACGGAUGGACACGGCUGCGUGGCGCAUGCCAACUCUGCGAGCAGCAGGCUGGGACGACUGAUGUUCAGGAUUUCGGGGAAUGGAGGAUCGUCAACGCACAGCACCCUGGCGCAGGAGGCCCUGAUAGCGCACACGAAGCUCGCCGCGGAGCUUUGCUCCAAAUCCUCCUCCGUUUUCGGCUCCAAGAAUCGCAGUCAGUCGGCAAACGGCGGCCCACCUCCAGCCAAGGCGGCUCCUCUCAGCCCUCUGUCACCGUCUUCCUCGUCGUCGUCUUCCUCCAAGACGUUGCCACACCCGGGCAGCACGCGGAGCUCCAGCUUGCCCGCCAGCUCCCGCGCCGCCACGCUAUCGCGCUCGGUGCAGGCCCUGCGCAGCAAGCUGGGCCGCGGCACGUCGGAGAGCUCCUCCAAGGCGGGCCGAGCGGCCAACAGCCGAGUCUCGGAGCUCGCAUGCGGCUCUCCCAAGGCGUGCUCUUCACCCACGUCCCCUCCGCAGUCGCCUUCGGCACCUGACGUUACCGGUCGCCGGAGGAUCGGGAGCGACGACGGCGGCAACAGCAGCCGGAGCGGCCGCGGCGAUCGGGCGAUGGGGAGUGGCCGCGGCAGCCGGGGCUUGCUCCCAACGGUGGCCGACUCGGACAGCGGCAACGACAGCGGGGUGCAACUGACGGACGAGAAGCCCCCCCCGGCAGGCUCGGCGGCGGCCGGCGGAGCGCCGGCAUCGCCGAGCGCGGCCUCCUCUUCCUCCACGGGCGCCGGCGCGGCGUCGAGCUCGGCCGUCAAACUCGCGCUGCCGUCGCCCUACAGCAAGGUGACGGCGCCGCGGCGGCCGCACCACCGCAGUAGCGGGCACGGCAGCGACACGAGCAGCGUGCUCAGUGGCGAGAUGCCGCCGGCCAUGGGCAGCGCCGCGCUCUUCUACUGCCAGAACGUGGGUGGCGGCGGGGGGAUGGGCGUCAAACCGGGCUGCGGCCUGGCGGGCGGCGGCAGCGGCGGCGGCGGCUCGGUCGCCGGCGUGGUGGCUCCCAUCCGGCGCGCGCUGCGUGGCAGCCCCCUUGCCGGGACCAGCAGCUGCAGCAGCAGCGGGUACGAGACGGGAGCCAGACAGGAGCCGAGGGCCACGGCGGCGGAAGGCGCCACGGCCGCCGCCGCCGCCGUCAUGACGGUGAGGUCGGCUCCCAACUCGCCCGCGUCGUACAAGCACGAGUCGGCGGUGAGCGACAGUGGGCAGCAGUCGUCCGGCAGCAGCGGGCACUGGUCCCCGCGCAGCUUCAAGUCGCUCAACAGGAAGGCGCUGCUGGGCUCACAGCGACGGCGUCUGGCCCACCAGCCCCAUCCGGCGGCUCCUCCUACGCUGCCGCCCGUGGACGUGCCGCCGUGCGUGCCGCCGUGCGUGCCGCCGUGCGUGUCGCCCGCGCGUAAGGCGCCCGCGCCGCCACCCCGUCGCGCGGACCCCCGUCCCGCUCAGCGAGUCCUCAACGAGCCCUUCGAGAUCAAGAUCUACGAGAUCGACGGCGUGCAGGCGGAGCCUUUCCAAGGUAUUGAUGAACUCCUGGUCUACUUCAGCGACCGGCUGAAGCGGGUCGAGGAGCGGCACCAGCGGCUGGCGGAGGUGCAGGACAGGUAUCUGGCGCUGCGCCUCGAGCUGGAAGCCUCCAUGCGCCACCUCAUGAUCGAGCCAAGCAAGUGGAUCGCCGAGUUUGAGGUGGACGGCGAGCUGGACGAGGCCUCGCUGGAGUACCUCGACUGCCUGGAGCGCGCCACCGAGCGCCUGCAGCAGCGCCUCAACGUCUGCAAGUCGCACAUCAUGAUCAUCACCUGCUUCGACGCCACGCGCUGACCACGCGCUCCGCGGAGCUCCUUGGCUCCUUGGCGCGCGCUCGCGCCGGGAGUCGUGGGUUGGGGAGAGGCGGAGAGGUGGUAGCUGGUGGGGGUGAAGAGAGGCGGUGGCUGGGGGGGGGGAGAGACGGACGAGCGUAGACAAGGCAGGGGGGGGGGGGCUGCAUUGGCAGUGUCUGGGAGAGGGGACUUGAGGGGUAAACGCCGACCACCACAUUGUUUAUAUUCGUAGCGAACGAAAGAAGGGGUUUUUGACUGCAGUGCUUAACUCCAAUCGCUCCGCUGCGAGCAAAAACUGAAAAGCAGAAUUGUUUGCAUUUUUUGGAGACACUUUGCCCCGUGCUUUUCAAUGCCGUUUGUCGAUUCUGUGAUGGUCGUGGUACCAACAAUUUGGCCCACCGCAAAGCGAUUUACCGGUCAACCUGCCGGCUGAGCGCUCGCCCGCUCCCGCGAGGGCACAUAGUCAAUUGUGGAUGGAGAUCCUUCCUGAUGGGAGGACGAUUGGAUGUAUACCGUAUAUACACGCAGCACAUGCAGCAUUUGGUUUUGUUUAGGCAUGUGAAUCUUCUGUUGUGGUGCUAAAUGAGUAUCUUUCACUCCAAGCCAAUAUUUCUAAAUUAAGCCUCAAGGUAGCGCGUCUUAACUUCCAUUGUAAUCACACGGCUCCUCGUCCCCUUCAACUGCCUCAAGUGUUUUCGGGUCGUCUUCAUUGCUGCGGGUUUUUGUGAUGCCGAGAUCGGAAGUUUUUUCCACGGAACACCGCCAUUCAGAUCGGGGUCCGCGCGUGUCCCCUUGUGAUCGAACAGCACUCUCAUCAGGGCUGCGUCCACCAGCGUUGCACUGAAACAGCCAUAUCCAGAAUAUCGACACGUCUGGCUACGGAAACGCAGGUCGGCGUACGGAAAUCAAGCGCCUCUGUGGGAUUUUACAACUUCGUCGUUGCCGCGAUGGCAGGAAGCACGUGUCCAUCCCAUGCCACCUCUGGAAAAAGGAAGCCUGGUUUGCGGGACUUCAAGUUACGUUGCAACGACAGUGAAAGGGUUGGUGGAGAAGGGGAAUGUGAUUCUGGGAAGUGGAGGUCGGAACUGGUCAAAUGACCGUGGGAGAUGUUUGUCAACACGGCGCGAGACAGAAAUAUGGGGAUGGCCGAUAACAUCGUGGUAGGAUUUUUUUUCUUCUUCUUGGGUUCGAUUUGUUGGCGAUCCCUUACGAUGGUAUCGUGCUAAUAGCAGGAAUGUGCAGGCUACGUGGAAUGUAGGCGAUUUGCAAGUGGUCAGGCUGGUGAGAAAAAUUGGGCUUGAGCAGAUUUUUUUUUUCCCCGGAAGAUACCUCGUGUGGAACACUGACAUUUUUGACAGUUCGAAGUGGCAUGAAGUGACAUGAAGACCGUAGAGUUCUGCAGGGCGGUAUAUCACACUUUGUAAAGUUAUAUAUCGUGGGUCGCAAGUGCAUUGUGAAGUGCCAAAUGAGUCGUUGAAAUAAUAUGUGUUGCCGGGGCAUGGAGUGAUGUGGCGGUGAAUGGUUUUUCAUGCGGGGGUCAUGCAUUAGCCAAGAAUCGUGCAAUGUCUUCUUGGCAGCAAGUUUACUCUUUUAUAACUUAUUUUUUCCUUUGUUAAAAAAAUGAUAAUAAUGAUUUACAGCCCCUUUGGCAAUCAACUGCUGGAUGAAUGCCUCUCCACGCCACGUCAGUCGUGGGCAGGUUGUUUGACCAUACUUCACCAUUCUGGUUUGUGUGGGUUGGUGAGGGUUGGGAAGGAGAGACCGUAUCGGUUCCGGUAUCACUCGCCACUGAUGUUAGCUGUAGUCGGCAAUCUAACUCCGGUCUCCGGGUUCAUAGAGCGCAGUGGGUUAAUCGAUGCACCACCACUCAUCCAUUCUUUUUUUAAUAAAUAAAGAAAAAACAAAAUGGUUUUCACAUUUGAAAACGGAACAGAGUGAAGCAGUGAAAUGUGCCCGAUGCACUUUUAAGAAAUGGCAUCACAUGCAUCUGAAUGAGCCCUUGAUGUUGAUGUGUGUGUUUCCAACAAGGAGAUUAGCUUUCUGCAUGCUUUGGAAGUCAGAAAUAUAUAUAUGGUUUAAACAAAGCUCAUGAAAUGUGUUUUGCAAGAAAGAAAAUAGCACUGGUAUUUGAGAUAUGGGCAAAUUCAUGAACUGACCUCCCUCUGUUUUUCGUGGCAUUGCUCAGUAGCUGGCAGGGGAUUGAGGGCUUUAAGAAAAGAUUACCGUGGGUGGGUUCGCAGCAAAGGUCCGAUCAUAGGUGAAGUGGAAAGGCCAGAGUUGCGAGAUUGAGUGGCACGCGGCUGAAUUGGACAGGUCAGAAUUUUGUUUAGAAAGCAAAACGGAAUGGCAGGAGUGAGCACUCCCACUACUACACAUCAUCGUUCCACAGCACGAGGAUGGCUUUAGGGAAGCACAGCUUAGGAAAACGUUCACCAAAGGAUUGAUUGAUGUCAAAAACAUAAAAAUGUUAUGGAACAAAGUGGAUGUGUGAAAAAAACUUUAAAACUCAACAGACAAUUCCAGGAAUUACAUAAAUGUGUGCAGUGUUUGUGCCCACAGUACUGUUUAUAUAUAUACUUAACGGAGGAGGUGCAGCAUAUAUCCAGCUGGCUGCUUGAAACCCAAUGAUAUUUCCAGGAGGCUCUGUAUUUUUGUAUUUCUAAUUCCAGGAGUGCGCAGACUCGGGCGUUAUUCAUUCAUCGGUUGACAAAAUAAAAUGUUGAAGGUUGAACAGUGGCAAAAUGGCAUUUAACGUUGAGGGCAAAUGACAAUACAAAAAAUAUUUACCCUCAUGGAAUGCAUGAAAGACAAGUGCUGAUUGGAAAAAAGCAACAGAAACGCCUUUUUAAAAAUCAUAUUUGCAAAUAAGUCGGUGUCAAACAUUGAAAUUGCUUUGGACAGACCAACCAAAUCUGAAACCAUAAGUACUGGAAAUAUAGAAGACUUAUUUCGGUCUUGCUAAGUGAAUGCAGCUGUUUUGUUCUUUGAGGCCUUUUUCAGGCAGGUUUCAAAGGCUUUUGCAAUGUCGUGGAGUCCUGUUAAUUUUAGUGAUUGAAGAAAAUUACCAUUUAAGUUCAGAGUUUUACAUUGAACAUCUGUAUUUUGUGAAGGGCCCUCUCUAUUCAAUUGCCAUGUUGCACUUCCAUAUACGGUACAUACAUGUUUGAAGGUUAACCUUUAUUUCAUUGAAACAAACCUACAUAUGCCUACAGUGUUUAAUGUUUCACAACAUAUUAUAAUCGAACACUUUUUACUUUGGAAAAUGUAAAAUAGAUCAUUUUAAUUAGUGUUAUUAAUUUUAACAAAAAAGUGCCUUAUUUUCACGACUGGUAAAUAUCCCAAUUAAAGUAGAGCGCAGUUGUAUAACUCCCAACAGCAAGCUGUCGCUUCCCGACACAUCGUGCAAAUUCAGUUUUGAUAAUCACAAGAUAUUGCAUUUUAAAACUAUGAAUAUAAUGCCGGCAAAUAUGGUUGUUAAAACCCAGUGGGGGGAAAAAACAUCCCCUGCAGUGUUGUCACUGCCAUCCUGUGUUCAGUCUGGGACGCCUUUUGUGUGGAAUUAAAUUAUCGUUACCGACGGCAUCUGCACAGGCACGCUUAGGAAAAACUUCCUUAAAUCGCUCUCGAAUUUACACCCCAGGAGGAUUGUGGAGGUGAGUGACUUUACUCACUGACCUGGGAACAGGUGACCAGCCACCAUGCCUAAACCACCUUUCGUUGUCUUAAAACUGCUGCAAGGUGGCCCCCUUUUUUUAGGCCGAGUCAACCUUCGAGGGGUAUUUACCACAACAACCGAGCUAUGUUGAGUAAAACCGUGACCAGUAUUAGCUCAUUUUAGGGCGAGUUGGCCUAAAGGUCGUCAAUGAGGUGUGACGGCUUGGGUUACAUUAAAAAAAUAUUCUCAUAAAAUACUUGCCUCUGUUUUCACAAAAACAAAUUACGCAGACUUUUAUGACUACAUCGAAGCCAGAUCUGUAAACCCAUGGGUUGCUGCCCAUGGAAAUUGAUUUGGCAAACUGCCUGACAGCUAAGCAGAUGGCAGGUUCCUAAAAGGUGCUCUUUUUAUUCCAGUCAUGACAUGGUAAUUUCCAGCUGUUGACUCUGGUUUUAUAAACAGAGGAGCAGCCUGUGUGCAGAUGAAUUGCCCAGUCAAACCAGUAUGCGUGUGUGUGUGGGCAUUUGAGGACCAAAAAACAAAACCACUUUCAUGGUUAUGGCAAACUCGUUAAUCUCACAAAUAUUUGAUAGACGAAACAGCAUGCUUAUUUUAAAAUAUACGGUGUACACAUUUAGCUUGUUUUAAAAAUGCAUCUUUGUUUUUGGGUCUUCGAAUCUUUCGUAUAUAAAAAAAAAAUGUGCAACCCCCUCUGCUCCCCCCUUAACCCCUCUCCCACAAAGCCCAAAACCGAUGGUGUUAUUGUAACGGAGCUGUAGAUUUUAAUUAGAAAAACCCACGAUACUGCUUGCUUCUGACUCUUGUUCUUCAGACGAACACAAAUAACCCUCCCAACACGAUCUGCAUGAACAUUUUAACGAUUAAUUUUCGAACACAAGUGCUUGCCGCUUAUAUCACGCCUUCCGAGAUGUUUGUUUUUGCACGGUGGCUUUCGUGAGCUCAAUGCCGAUGUAAAUAUGCUCGAAAUGUAAAUAUUCACCCGGUUUAAUUAUGUGUGCAGCGUUAGGUGGUUGAAGGGGAAACAUUGUACCUGGCUUGAUAGGACUAGUGUUGUAGGGGGAGGUGUAGGUGUGCUUAUAUUGAACUUCUUUCGCACCAUAUGUAGAAGCUAACCAUGCUAAUCGGGGGUGCGGGGGAAGGACAACAAAAUAAAUAAAUAAAACUAUUCUUAAGAAUUGAGUUUUCAAUCGGAGAUUGUUUUAAAAAUGCGUAUUUAAACAAUAUAUAGUGUUGUAAAGAGUUAAGGCGCAGCCGUGCAACUGCUCGCUCAUGCCUCUGCUGGCAGAAGGGCCUCCGCUAGAGGGAGCUCUGGAGAACAACGGGAGAAUGUUUUUGGCCUACUCUUCCACGCUGGCCAGAUGCCUUGGAAGACACGGGAGUACCAACACUGUACCCCACCACACAUGCUCAGACGAUUGACCCAUUGAGUGUAUGUAUUUUGUAUAAAAUAUAAAUUGUUUAUAGCAGGUAUUGCUAUUCGAGUUGAAAACGUGGCUUUAUCUCCCUCCAUGCCACCGAUAGCAUCUUCCCCAACAGUUCGUGGACCGCCUGACUGCAGGAAUUGAGUCCUGUGCUGUUCGUGCACACGUUGCCCGUGUCCGUGUGGGUGUGUGUUUGACCACGUGGAGCAAUGCAUGCAGGGUGUUAAACAACUACAGUCUCUGUGUGUAAACGUGUUCGUGGGUUCCGCAUCGCCGUCUUUGGGGGCACCCUUCUCAUUCAGAAUGGCGAACAUAAAUUCUGAAAUGUGCUGUUUUUUUUACUGAAAAUAUGAAAUGGGAGUUAUUGAGUGUCGUAUGCAUUGAUUGAUGAGAGAGUGAGACGUGAGAAAUUGCACUUUUGAAUUCAGCAGGUUUUUAUUGUUUUGUCAAAAAUUCGGUCGCAGUGAGAUGCAGUGCUGUUGUAAAUCGCCUUAUUCUUUGGAGACUUGGUAGGAAAUGUAUGAGAUCCAGAGAGUAAUUCACAUGCAUGGAAGCUUUUAUCAAUACGGUAUAUAUUAGAUAUGUGGCACAAUGGUAAACUGAUAAUGCUUGUUGUAUCUAGAUACAGUCACUGUGUCCCAAACUCCAAAUCACGAUUCUUCUUGUUCAAUUAAAAACAGAGCCAUGAACGUUCACUGAGAUGGGUAUUGUCCGUUCGUUUUUGUUGUACUGUAAUUGCCGUUCGUCUGCUUUGUUAGCCCACCUUACUGGCGAUUGUUUUUUUUUACUCCAAAACUGAAGCCUCAAAAUCAUUUUGAGACGUAGGUCAAUAAAGCCAUGCAAGUAAAAUGUAUAUUGCUCAUUAAAACAAGGGUAAACAUUAUUUAAGUUGCUAGCAAUGCCCAGGGUAAACCAUUUGCCAGGUGAGUUUUCAUUUCAAACACGAAGACUGAACAGAAUAGCCGCUUGUAAGUUGGGUGAAAUCUAGAAGCAUAAUACAUUGAUCAGCUGUACAAGUUAACCCGCCCGGCUGUGCAGGCCACUCUCGCGAGAUCACGGGUCACAUUGUGCAAGGAGGAAUAUAGUUGCUGCAUGUUGGGUGUCGUCGCGAUGCGUCGUGGGAUUUGCAGCUCUCGCGAUGGACACCAUCUCAUGUGAGUCUCGUUGCUGUUGAUUCCCUGUCGAGCAAGGCUGGGAUUGCACAGCUGGUGCCAACACAGGGGCUGGAAUACAACAUUUACAAUGCCUCGUGUCACUUUUCGACACGCUAAGAUUUGCUCGUUACGGCAAAAACGGUCGAAACCACAAUUCUGCUUUGGUGAAUUUGAUGAGGUUUUUUGUAUAAUUAAUUUGCUUGAGCUCGGAUACAAUCAAGGUGAUAAACGUGUUACAUGCUUUGUAAAAUAUAUAUAUUUUGCUUUCCUUUUCGUUGUGACGGCAAUUGCGGCGUUGGUGUAUUGGCGAGUUCAAUAUGCUCGCUGUUACACCCGCUAUGUCACUGCGUGUCCGUAUACGCGUGUCUUGAGUGUGCACAUUAAGCGACGGCGCUUGUUUUGAGCACAGGUGGCCGUUAUGACUUGGGAUUUUAGCAAAAAUGCGCGGAGCUGCACAGUCCAAACACAUGGCAAACAUUUGCAUGCCACUUGAUGGCAUUAAUUACCCUGCAAAUGCCUGGUCUGGGCUACACAUACUCCCUGAUUUGAAUAUAAAUUUACGUUACAUGAAUGUGUCAUUUAAUUACGCGCAAUAGUUUAGGAUCAUUUAAAUUCCACAAAAAACGGAAAGCUUCAUGUCAUCUUACCAAGUUUAGCCCAAUGAAUAAUUGCCACCCCAAUUACUCUACGCCAUUUAGUAUUCCCACAGUCGGAAAAUCGGUAGAGUUGCAGAGUUAAAGUAUUGCCAGACUCGUGUGUGGAGCAUGGUUUGUUUGAGUUGGUAACACUUUGCAUCCCAGAGUAUGGCCCAUGCGUGUAAAAAAAGACACGUGCCAUUGGCAGUACAAUACAAUAGACAAGUGAAAGUGUAUGAUAUUGGCUCAAUCCCUAGUCAUAACAGAGUGCGAAUUCUUGUUUAUGUAUAUACAUGAAACGACUGUACAGAUGUGUUGCAACGCUAUUGGCUAUAUCAUAUAUAAGUAUGCAUAUUCGCAAGCGCGACUCGGUCUGUAUAUGCACAGUGCUAUGAUCUGCUUCAAGUUGCACCAUGACCUACAGUGUAAGCCAAAAUAAACAAAAAACUUCAUGAACCGUCAACGUUUUGUUGAUCUGUUCUAUAAUGGUGGACUAAGCCAGAGACCCGGUACGUGCAGAGUACAAGGUUUUUGUUGCCUUUCUGGGAGGUGGUUAAGGCAUCAUUACCACGCCGGGUGCUACGAUAUGGAGAGAGGCAGGGUAAUUGGUAGAAGCAGACUCUCGCUAAACUUGUCGUAUGAACGCAUGGUAGUAGCGGCGUAUAACAACCAUAUUCCGGAGUAAAAGUGAACACAAGUACAAACUUGCGCGAGAAACCUAACACCUUUUAACCUUCCCUUUUUCCUGGAAUAACUGCAGCGUGUCGCAGCAUUUUGAUGUCACGACAUUUCAACUUUUUAACUCUCAUCUCCCAUCCCCCCCCCAAAAAAAUAUGAAACACGGCUUCUCGA